UGUAUGGAUAAGGAGAUGGAUGCGCGUCCGGGCACUGAAGAAGCUAGGAACGGGUGGAAGCGCGCCAGGUGCGCCUCAGCUCUUCGGUUUCAUUCAGACAAGCCAUCAGAUUACACCUGGUACGUAAAAGGACGACGCACGAAACUGGUCGAUGUCCUUGACAAGUCAUUGGGAACACUUGCACGUGUCACCUGCACAGAAACGCAGCUGAGCGUGAACGAGGCCCACGGCCCGGUCGCUUGGCUCGGCCCGGCCCGUGAAAGCUUCAUUGUCUUCCCCAAAGUCGUUCACUCGUUCUGCUUGGCUGCCCCUGCGGAGGUUGGUGGCGGCGUGUCGGCGUCGCCCAUGGCCGACCCCAUCGUGGACGGCGGCAACCGCAGCAGCGUCUCGGAGACCUUCUCCAGGCUACGGGAGCAGGGCAAGACUGCCUUCAUCCCAUUCAUCACUGCUGGGGACCCUGAUCUGGCAACCACGUCGAAAGCGUUGAAGAUCCUCGAUUCCUGUGGUUCGGAUGUGAUUGAGCUCGGUGUACCUUACUCGGAUCCAUUGGCUGAUGGUCCGGUUAUCCAUGCCGCAGCAACCCGUGCGCUUAAGAAAGGCACUACACUCAAAGCUGUCUUGGCGAUGCUCAAGGAGGUUAUACCUGAACUGUCUUGUCCAAUAGUUCUCUUCACAUACUACAACCCAAUUCUAAAGCUUGGGGUGCGGAACUUCAUGACAAAUAUUAAACAAGCUGGUGUACAUGGUCUUGUCGUUCCCGAUCUUCCAUUGGAAGAGACAACAAUAUUGAGAAGCGAGGCCUCUAUGCACAGCAUAGAACUGGUGCUUCUUACAACACCAACCACGCCAACAGAGAGGAUGAAGGAAAUCACAAAAGCUUCAGCAGGAUUUGUUUACCUUGUGAGUGCUGUUGGAGUUACAGGCACGCGCUCAAACGUAAACUUACACGUUGAGCAUCUUCUUCAGGAGAUCAAGCAGGUUACAGACAAACCUGUGGCUGUUGGCUUUGGCAUAUCAACUCCAGAGCAAGCGAAGCAGAUUGCAGGCUGGGGAGCGGAUGGUGUGAUUAUCGGCAGUGCAAUUGUUAGACAGUUGGGAGAAGCGGCUUCUCCUGAAGAAGGGCUGAAAAGAAUAGAAGAUUAUGCCAAGAGUAUUAAGGCUGCUGUACCAUGAGAUGAGAGUUCCAUCAAGAAAAGGCCAAUUAGAUCACAAGCAGAUUACUGUUUUCUCGGUAGUCUGGUCGAAGGGCUUCGCACUGGUAGUUCAUCAAGUGUAUUUGGUUGCGGUGUUCUUAGAACAACUAUAUCCUCGUGUGUUAGAAUCAUCAAAUGAACAGACAAGAUAAUUCAGAAACUGUACGAAGCUCAACCGCACAAGACUACUUUUAUAUUUCUGACUUUCGGGAAAUAGACUGUGAAAUGUUGUGUUCUUC